AUGUUUGAUCUCGUCUUACUUCGCCUAGGAACAAAACUUGAAUCGUCUCUUCCAAUCGAUCCCUUCCCAGCACCCAUCGACACACACGUGAAAGCCUACUCUUACCAUGGAACGACCAUCCGUCCGAACUCCACACCAGUCGUCGAAUCGACUUGGCAGGACUGCAAAGUCUCGUUCUACACUGAUGGAAGAGGCAGGGAAGCAAAGACGGGCACGUAUGAUAUGCUGCAGUGUUUGCAUUUUGAUCAUCUUCCAUCGGCUGGAUCGUCUGGUGGCCCGAUUCUGGAUGCAAAGACGCAAGCUGUCGUUGGCAUUAUUCGUGGCUGGGAACAUGCUGGUGGUAAGCUGCGUGGAUUUGCCAGCCCGGCAGAGUCUCUGUUUGAGUGCUUUAGCUUGCCUGGUCUGCCGGAAGAAGUUGAUUGA